UUCCCCAAUUGCCCCUCACCUCCAUUACCUUCCCCGUCUCCCUCGUACAUUCGACAUUCCCCUUCCCCUGCCAUUCGGUCCCGCUCCCGCCGCCUCCGCCGCGAUUCCACUCUCCCUUCCGCCUCCGCCGCGAUUCCACUCUCCCUUCCGCCUCCGCCGCGAUUCUUGUCUCCCUUCCGCCUCCGCCGCUUACCGCCGCGGCCACGCCGCAAGCGUUUCGUCUCGGGAUCCCCACUUCGUCUCGCUCGAGCGGUAGAGCCACGCUCCCACCGCCCAGGCGUCCGCCGCGGAGGCGUCGGUGGCCUAUCUGAGCAGGCUCUCCUCGUCGGGCUUUUUUGCUUUAGAGGGAGAGACUUCCUGGUCGGCGCGCCGCGAGAAGAGCACCAGCCAUGUCGCAAACUAACUGGGAGGCGGACAAGAUGCUGGAUGUAUACAUAUAUGAUUAUUUUAUGAAGAGAAAUUUGCAGGCAACUGCAAAGGCCUUCCAAGCAGAGGGAAAGGUCUCUUCGGAUCCAGUUGCAAUUGACGCACCUGGUGGAUUUCUUUUCGAGUGGUGGUCGGUUUUUUGGGAUAUAUUCAUAGCAAGAACUAAUGAGAAGCAUUCAGAUGUUGCAGCCUCAUAUAUUGAGACUCAGCUCAUGAAAGCCAGGGAGCAACAACAUCAACAGCAGCAACAGAUCCCUCAACAGAGGCAGCAGCAGCCACAGCAUAUACAAAUGCAACAAAUGCUGUUGCAAAGAGCUGUGCAGCAGCAGCAGCAGCAGCAGCAACAACAACAACAACAACAACAACAACAACAACAACAACAACAACAACAACAACCUCAGCAGCAGCAGCAGCAGCAGCUGCAACAGCAACAGCUGCAACAGCAGCGUAGAGAUGGUUCUCAUCUUCUCAAUGGUUCUGCAAAUGGAAUUUCUGGAAACAAUCCUUUAAUGCGGCAAAACCAAAGUACUGCAAAUGUUAUGGCAACAAAAAUGUACGAGGAAAGGUUAAAGGUACCUUCCGAGAGAGACUCUUUGGAAGAGGCAUCAUUGAAGCAAAGGUACGGAGAGAAUGCUGGGCAACUACUUGAUUCAAAUGAAGCAUCAUUGUUGAAAGCAGCUUCAAGCGCGCAAUCCUCAGGGCAAAUUUUGCAUGGAACUGUUGGUGGCUUGUCAGGCACUCUGCAACAAGUUCAGGCCAGGAGCCCUCAACUUCCUGGUCCUGCUCAGGGUAUCAAGACAGAGAUUAAUCCCAUUCUGACCCCCAGAGCUGCAGGCCCAGAAGGGUCAUUUAUAGGUGCUCAAGGAUCUAAUCAAGCUGGGAACAAUUUGACUCUGAAAGGAUGGCCACUCACGGGACUUGAGCAACUUAGGUCAGGAAUUCUUCAGCAGAAGUCGUUUAUACAUAAUCAACAGCAAUUGCAGCAGCAAAUCCAGAUGCUGACUCCACAGCAGCAGCAGCAGCUUAUGCUGCAUGCUCAGCAAAAUAUGUCUUCACCAACAUCUAGUGAUGUCGACAACAGAAGAUUGAGGAUGAUGCUAAAUAGAAAUGCUGUUCUUGGCCGGGAUGGGCAGACAAACAGUGGUAGUGAUAUUAUUCCAAAUAUUGGCUCUCCUAGUCAAAGUGGUGGCGAUAUAGAUAUGCUUAUAAAGAAGAAACUUGCUCAGCAGCAGCAACUAUUACAACAGCAAAGCAAUAGCCAACAGCUCCCACAGCAACAUCAGCUUCAGCAACCUGCUGUCUCUAGCCAGCAAUCUCAAAGUUCAAAUCAACAUCUUCAACAAGAAAAGCCAGGAAUUGGAAGUAUGCCUGCUGAUGGGGGCAUACCAAAUUCAUUUGGGGGAGCUGAACAGACAGCAAAGAAGAGAAAGAAGCCAGGCUCAUCCUCUGGUAGAGCUAAUAGUUCAGGCACAGCCAAUACUGCUGGUCCCUCUCCAAGUUCUGCACCAUCGACACCUUCCACUCAUACACCAGGAGACGUGAUGUCUGUGCCACAGCUGCAGCAGAAUGGCGGUUCAGCUAAACCCAUGGUAAUGUUUGGCUCUGACGGAACUGGGAGCUUGACAUCUCCAGCAAACCCAUUGGAUGAUGUUGACCGCUUGCUAGAAGAUGGCUCAUUGGAUGAUAAUGUUGAAUCUUUUCUAUCACAGGAUGACAUGGAUCCUAGGGACAACUUGGGGCGAUGCAUGGAUGCUAGUAAAGGGUUUGGUUUUUCUGAGGUUGCCAAAGCACGCGCAAGCACAGCCAAAGUUGUCUGUUGCCACUUCUCAGCUGAUGGUAAACUGCUUGCUACUGGUGGUCAUGAUAAAAAGGUCACUUUGUGGUGUACAGAUUCUCUGAACCCUAAAUCUUAUCUGGAAGAGCACUCGUUUCUUAUCACUGAUGUUAGAUUUAGCCCAAGCAUGUCACGCCUUGCUACAUCCUCCUUUGACAAAACUGUGCGGGUUUGGGAUGCAGAUAAUACUGACUAUUCACUACGAACUUUCACGGGCCAUUCAGCAACUGUUAUGUCACUUGAUUUUCAUCCAAAUAAAGAGGAUAUGAUAUGCUCCUGUGAUAGUGAUGGGGAAGUGCGCAGCUGGAGCAUAAAUAAUGGUAGCUGUUUGACAUGUGUUAAGGUGUUUAAGGGAGGUGCUACUCAGAUGAGAUUUCAACCUCGUAAGGGAAAGUAUCUAGCAGCGGCCUCAGAUAAAGCUAUCUACAUACUUGAUGGGGAGACACAACAUGCUUGUAGAAGUCCCUUGCAGGGGCACAAUAAGAAUAUUCAAUCGCUUUGUUGGGAUUCUGCUGGCGAAUAUCUCGCUUCUGUCAGUGAAGACUCGGUCAGAAUAUGGUCAUUCAGUUCUGGACGUGAAGGUGAAUUUGUGCAUGAAUUGAAUCGCAGCGGAAAUCAAUUCCACUCGUGUGUUUUCCACCCAACUUAUCAGUCAUUGCUAGUGAUUGGUUGUUACGAGUCUUUGGAACUUUGGGACAUAAGGGAGAAGAACACCAUGACCUUCAACAAUGCGCAUGACGGUUUGGUUGCAGCCCUGGCAUCAUCCAGUGCUACAGGGAAGGUUGCCUCAGUAAGCCAUGAUAGAACUCUCAAGCUCUGGAAAUGACUUUAUAAUAGCGAUCGGUGUGAAGACGAUUUUCUACCAAAAAUGACCACAUGACGCACAUGACGAAAAGGUAGCUGACAAGAUACUCUGGAGCCGCGUGGGCUCAAGAACUAACGGUGGUUUGUGUUGUGGUUCUUGUAUGCUGUUCAAUAUGCUAUUGAAGUUUGUAACUCCUAAUAGAAACGUUCAGUCAAGACUCCAAGAUUGUACCUCGGACAAGUAGCAAAUAUUUAUUCCCC